GCGGGUGUCCCGGCGUGUCUCGUCUCAGCCCGGUGAGCUCCUUGUGUCAUGGUAGCGAUCCCUGCGGCCGCGGCGAGCUGGACUCUGCUCCCUGCACAAGAGCUGCUGCCCUCCUGCCAGCGGCUCCUUCAGGCCUGGGGCACAUUAUCUGGAAAAUGUGAAAAUGCAUUGGUUACAUUUUGCGGUUUUGUAAAAUUACAAAACAUGAAAUAAAGCCUUGGAAAUGGCUCUACAAAAGAUAUACCUGAUCCUGCAAGGCUAGAACUUCAAUGCAGAGCAGCUGAAGGUAGUUCAGUACUGGAACCACUGCGGGUUUGUUUGCAUCCUCCAACAUGACCAAUCCUCAGCCUACAAUUGAAGGCGGUGUUUCGGAAGUUGAGAUCAUUUCCCAACAAGUGGAAGAAGAAACCAAAAGCAUUGCUCCUGUUCAGCUUGUUAAUUUUGCUUAUCGAGAUCUACCUUUAGCUGCACUUGAUCUGUCUGUGGCUGGGUCCCAGCUUUUGUCAAAUUUGGAUGAGGAGUACCAAAGAGAAGGAUCUAACUGGCUAAAACCGUGCUGUGGGAGACGAGCAGCUGUGUGGCAGGUAUUUUUGCUCAGUGCAAGUCUCAACAGUUUCCUGGUAGCCUGUGUAGUAUUGGUGGUGAUUCUUCUGACUCUGGAACUCCUAAUAGAUAUAAAGCUUCUCCAGUUUUCAAGUGCUUCCCAGUUUGCAGGAGUAAUUCACUGGAUCAGCCUAGUCAUCCUCUCUGUUUUCUUUUCAGAGACUAUUUUGAGGAUUGUGGUCCUUGGCAUAUGGGAUUACAUUGAAAACAAAAUAGAGGUGUUUGAUGGUGCUAUCAUAAUCCUGUCCUUGGCACCGAUGGUGGCCUCGACAGUGGCUAACGGCCCCAGCAGCCCAUGGGAUGCCAUCAGCCUUAUCAUCACACUGCGGAUAUGGAGAGUGAAGAGGAUCAUUGAUGCAUAUGUCCUUCCAGUGAAAGUGGAGAUGGAGAUGAUGAUUCAGCAAUAUGAGAAGGCAAAAGUUAUUCAAGAUGAGCAGCUGGAAAGACUAACCCAGAUCUGCCAAGAACAAGGGUUUGAAAUCAGGCAGCUGCGGGCCCACCUUGCUCAGCAGGAUUUGGACCUGGCUGCAGAGAGGGAGGCUGCCCUGCAGGUCCCACACGUGCUGAACAAGCAGAGCAGCAAGAGGUACAAGGUGGUGGCCACCGAAGACUCGGAUGAUGAAACCACCGAGAACAUCUCAGAGCUGCGACCUGCGCGAGAGGAUGACAUGAAUAAUUACAUCAGCCGAUACUACAACGAGCCCAGCAGUGACAGCGGAGUCCCCGAGGCCGCCCUGUGCGUGGUGACCACGGCCGCCAUCGACGUGCACCGGCCCAACAUCUCCUCGGAGCUGUUCACGGUGGAGGUGCCGCUGCGCCUGGGCAGCACCGGGACCUCGGCCAGCCUCACGUCAGGCAGCGCCUCGCGCUCCACCGUCAGCUCGGGCACGCGGGGCUGCAGCGAGAGCAGCCAGACCCUGGGCUCAUCCCCGGACUGCAGCACGGCCUGCGAGGCGCCAGCCGAGGCGGGCGCAGGGGCCGCCCGGCAGCGCACGGCCCACGCCGUGGUGCAGGAGCUGCUCUCGUCCCUGUCGGAAGAGGCCUGCCUGGCGCAGAAGGGGCUGGAUCCCGUCAACCUGAAGCUGCCCAGCCCAGCCGGCUCCGUGGGGACCAGCCCCGACCUGGGCCACCGGCUCACUGUCUACAACCGCAGGAACCAGGAGAGUCUUGACGUCUUCCAGCUCAAGCCGCUCCUCGACUGCCCGCAGGGCGCCCCAGUGAUUGAGGAGAAGUAUGGGGGACUGGGGGCCCCGGAGCCACGGCUGGGCAGGGUUCCUGAGGCAUAGGGCCAGCCGGGGGGAAUGGGGACUCCCGUGGAGACACGCUCACCAUGCUGGGCCACGAGGCUGCCACAGGCAAGGUUGCCGAAGACAACCUGGGGCAUCUCCUGCAAGGGCCACCAGCCCAGGGUGAGGCCAGCACUGCCUCUGCUCACCAGUGUCUGUGGCACAUGACCUACCUGCCCUGCCACCAGCUCUGGGACAGCUGGGACCUACGGUGGCCAUGUGGACCUUCCAGCAGUCUUAGGCCAAUACGGCCCCACAGUGCCUGGAGGGACAGACAGACUGUGGUGGGAACGCCACAGAACUUCCACCAGUCCAGGGCCAGCACAGCCCCAUAGUGCCUGGGGGCAGGACAGAGCUGCUGGACAGCUUGGGCCCAGCCUGGCUCCCUAGCUGGGUCACCCAGCCUGACCCUGCCCGGGGCUGAGCAUGGCUGGGAGGCGUGUGGAGAUUGGAAUAAACACUGACAAAUACA